UCAGCCAGUCUACUAAUCCGAUGUCUCUCCUCCCCACCCAUACACACAACCUGCUGUUGUGUUUUUCAUGUUUGCGAUGAAUGAGGAUAAACCUGCGAGAAGCUUAAUUGUGGAGUCUCUUACUGACAAUCUCCCAGCAUCUCUCAGGAUUAUGUUGUAAGACUGUCUUCCUUUUCUCGAGAGGGUUUACCUGGCCGUCUCACCUCUCCGUAGGAGUGCGUGACAACAGCCUACCGGCCUUCUCUGCCUAUCGCAGUUCCUGGGGAUCGGAAAACUUUACUCGCUGUAGCUGACUGCAAAAUUCACCAUCAUCUUCUUCAACGUCUGCUCAUCCCAGACUGAUUUCCACAGGAAGUUAUCUGUUUACUGCUAGUCUGCAUGAUCUUCACUGAUACUGGCUACAGAAUGGAUCCUGUCUAGAAAGUGUUUGGCGUGCUGGAGGCGUAAUGUUAUACAAAAGUAACUUUCAGAAGACAAUGGUCUAAAGAAGAGACAGAGCAAGCCUUCCAUUAACAGGCUGAGCAUGGCUUAGUGUGAGAAGCUGUACAAGACGCACCAUGGCCCAGAUUGUCAGUAUCAGCAAGAGUCGGCCAUCUAUCAACCUGCAGGGGGUCGACCCGGAGACGUGUACUAUAGUAUUCAAGAACCACUGGGCUCAGGUUCAGCGCAUUUUGGAAAAGCAUGACCCAUUUAAGAACUCUCAUGCAAGAUACGGAUCGAUUUCUGCGGAUGAAGUUAGUGCCGUACAGAAUUAUGUGGAACACAUGAUCUUGCUUUUAAUUGAAGAGAAAGUGAAAGAUGCCGCCAUGGGGCCUAUUCUGGAGUUUGUGGUGUCAGAGAAUAUUAUGGAGAAACUAUUUCUAUGGAGCCUCAGGAGAGAAUUUACUGAUGAGACCAAAUUUGAGCAGCUAAAGAUGUAUGAUUUGCUGGUGACCCAGUCUCAUCAGCCUUUGCUACAUCACAAGCCUAUACUGAAGCCAUUGAUGAUGUUAUUAAGUACUUGUUCGGGGACAUCAACUCCGAGUGUGGAGACUGAACUGGUUGUUCUACUUAACCAGUUAUGUUCAAUCCUUGCCAAAGAUCCAUCCAUCUUAGAAUUGUUUUUUCACACCAGUGAAGACCAAGGAGCUGCCAACUUUCUUAUCUUCUCCUUAUUGAUACCCUUUAUCCACCGAGAGGGCACAGUGGGACAACAGGCUCGGGAUGCCUUGCUCUUUAUUAUGUCGUUAUCAGCUGAGAAUAACACGGUUGCACAACAUAUAGUUGAGAGCACUUACUUCUGCCCGGUACUAGCAACAGGACUGAGUGGCCUCUACUCAUCAUUACCCACUAAGCUGGAUGACAAAGGGGAAGAGUGGCAUUGCCUAGUUAAAGAGGACUGGCUCCAAGUUCCAUCACUCAUACAGUUCAUGAAUUCUCUUGAGUUUUGCAAUGCAGUAAUACAGGUGGCGCAUCCUCUUAUACGGGCUCAGCUGGUGGACUAUAUUUACAAUGGCUUUCUUUUGCCAGUAAUGGCUCCUGCAUUGCACAAGGUGACUGUGGAGGAAGUAAUGACAACAACUGCUUAUUUGGACCUUUUUCUGCGUAGUGUCUCAGAACCGACCUUACUUAAGAAUUUCCUCCGCUUCGUUCUCAUCUACCAACAUGAAAAUGUCCAAAUCCUGGACACACUGGUCAGUCGCAUCAACACACCAUUUCGGCUCUGUGUGGUUUCCUUAGCUUUAUUCCGGACUCUCAUUGGUUUACACUGUGAAGAUGUCAUGUUACAGCUCAUUUUAAGGUAUUUGUUGCCAUGUAACCACAUGAUGGUUAGUCAAAGAUGGCCAGUGAAAGAACGAGACUGCUAUUCAGCAUCUGCUGCUAAAUUUUUGGCCUUGACCCCAGACUGUUGUACAAACAAUACUACUGGUAAUGCUGGGAGUUUGGAAAGAAAUGUCAUGAUGUUGUCAACAAUUAGACAAAAAGAGCCCAGUGAUCCUAAAGUAUCAUCACCCUCAUCUGAAGUCGAGUCAACCUUUGAUGAGGAAAUCAUGCAAACGGUAGAUGCCAGCUACUUAGAGUAUCUUUGGGAAGCUCAUGAAAAUAUACUUAGGUGUGUUGAAGACUGUAAGGUAUGGUCAGCCCCAUAUGAUGGGGUGAACCCAGAUCCAGAGACUUCUUUUCAAGCCCUACUAGAAAGCAGUUUUAGAAGAGGUGAGUUUCCUACUUUCAGAGGCACAAACAGACGGAAUUUGGGGACUUAUUCUGACACUCCCUCUCUUGGAGGAAAACUUCAGAUUGAUCUUGAGUGGGAUGACAGUUAUGACACUGGAAUAUCUCCAGACUCUGGAAACUGUUCACCACAACCAACUCCUGAUCCCAUGUUAGCACCAGAGCCCGCACAACACAUUCAAGAUAUGAAAACGAAUGCAAUAAUGUUCAUUAAAGGGUCAUAUAUUGAAGAAUCCGAUUUUCAGGAUGAUGUGAUGGUUUACAGGUUGUGUGCAGAAAAAGAUUCCACUGAUAAAGUGGAAGAGGAAAAUAAAGACAUGUCAACAAGUAAAUUGACAGCGGAUCAGCUACAUAUACUUAAUGAUGAGCAUUCUCAGGGUCAGCAAGGAAGUACAAUUGUAGAGAACAAUAAAAAAAAUGCAACUGUGAAUAGAGAUACCGUAAAAAGACACAAUAAGGAUCUACCAAAACUGGAUCUUGCUUUUACAACUGAGGCAGAGUGGAAUUCAAACAAUAAAAAAACAUUAAGUCCGGAGAGUGAGGAUUUCAUAGCUCGUUGUGAUGAGAUCAUAAAUGGGCUAAACACCACCUCAGUAGAAGAGUCCAUCUCACCAGCUCAUGAAAGUGUUUCUCUAGUUGAUGAAGAUGAUGAUGACUUUGAAAAGUAUUCUCUGGGAACACCAUCAACAGAAAGUGUGCAGUCACCAUUUGGGCCAAAAGAACCUGGAAAAAACACUAGUCACUCUCCACGGUCCCAAGCAGCACCUUUCACAGGGCCGUUCAUCAGUGUUGUUUUAUCAAAGUUAGAGAAUAUGCUGGAGAAUUCUUUACAUGUGAACUUGUUGCUGAUUGGGAUAGUUACACAGCUUGCAGCAUACCCCCAGCCUCUCAUCCGAUCCUUCUAUCUCAACACGAACAUGGUCUUGCAACCCAGUGUCCGAUCACUCUACCAGGUACUCGCCUCUGUCAAACAUAAAAUUGAACAAUUUGCAGUGGCAGAGCAAAAUUUUCCCUUGUUACUUGCAGAAGCUCAACAAUAUUUGCUGGCUCGCAUGGGCACUCCUAGUUGCGAACUUCCAGAUGUGUUAACCAAAGAUGCUGCACCGAAUAAUAUUGGAGAGAAAGAAUCGAGCACUGGAGAGAAUUCCCAUCUGGUGAUGCAAAAGAAUAAAGAACAAAGAGUAAAGAUGUCACCUCCACUUUCUACAGCCUCUGACCGCACCAGAAAUGCUGUGCUUGCAGCUGCCAUAUUCCCAGAAUUUUUAAAAGAACUUGCAGCUUUUGCCCAGGAACACUCUGUGUUAUAUUAUAUAAUAGGGGACUCUUUUUAGAAUAUUUUUGAAGCUGGUGACAAGCUGUUGUAUUGUUUUUUAUUUUUAUGUGUUUUAUAUAACACACAGAAAACUAUUUUGUCCAGCUGGGAUUAUUGCAAUAUAGCGAUCAAUACCUUCAUUGCAAAAAGCUACAUCCUGUUAUACUUGAUAGAUGCUGGGCUUUCUGGUCCAUCUGAAAAUGGUGGUUGUCUUUCCUGUUCUGUGUUGGUUUAUGUGUAUAUUGUUUAACAUGAAACCAUUCUCUUUUGCCUUUGUACACAUUUUGCUUUGUUACCUGUUUGCAUCAGGCACUUUGU